UCCCAUGAACAAAGACGUCCCAGAGGUGUUCCUCACAGGUGGAGACCUGGUGCCCCAAGGCCACACUCGCCGCUGCCUGUCUGUGGUCGAGUCCAGAGAGCAGCUGGAGGAGAAUGAAGAAGAGGAGGAGGAGGGGGAAAAGAAAGAGGGAGAUGGCUUCCACGCUGUACCCCUCCGAAGGUCAAGGGCUUUCCGUGCCCACAGUCACAACUACGACCCCUUCAAAAGACAUAGUUGGGGGCCGGGCAAGGAGCUCCAGGAUCCACUGAGCAGGAACAAACUGCAGGCAUCGGGAUGUGUGGGCUCCCAGGAGCCCCCCUUACUGCAGAGCCAAGAGGAACUGGACCCCUUUCUGGAACUGCAGCACCAAGGUGGCCAACCCUCCUGCGUGGGUCAGCGUUCCUGUCACCCACCUGCUGGCCUUUUGGACCACUCGGCCACUGGCAUGCUUUCCAAGUCUGUAUCCAUGAGUGGCAUCAAUUACUUCUUGGGCUGCUCAGAUCCAGCUGGGAAUUUGUCCCAGUCCUCUGCCGCUGACCUCAGCCAAAGCUGCAGCCAACUGGAAGGGGGCUCAGGCACCUGGGCAGGCUCCUCCCUGCGACGGACCCUCAGCUUCAUCUUGGGCAUGACCGGAAAGGCCAAGACCCGGGAAAAAGAGAAAAUGAAGGAAGCCAAGGACGCCCGCUAUACCAAUGGGCACCUCUUCACCACCAUCUCCGUUUCGGGCAUGACCAUGUGCUAUGCCUGUAACAAGAGCAUCACAGCCAAGGAGGCCCUCAUCUGCCCAACCUGCAAUGUGACUAUCCACAACCGCUGUAAAGACACCCUCGCCAACUGUACCAAGGUCAAGCAGAAGCAACAGAAAGCUGCCCUGCUGAAGAACAACACUGCCUUGCAGUCUGUUUCACUUCGCAGUAAGACCACCACUCGGGAGCGGCCCAGCUCUGCCAUCUACCCCUCCGACAGCUUCCGACAGUCCCUGCUUGGCUCCCGCCGUGGCCGCUCCUCCUUGUCUUUAGCCAAAAGUGUUUCCACCACCAACAUUGCUGGACACUUCAACGAUGAGUCUCCCCUGGGGCUGCGCCGGAUCCUCUCACAGUCCACAGACUCCCUCAACAUGCGGAACCGGACCCUGUCAGUGGAGUCCCUCAUCGACGAAGGUGCGGAGGUGAUCUACAAUGAGCUGAUGAGUGACUUUGAGAUGGAUGAGAAGGACUUUGCAGCUGAUUCCUGGAGCCUUGCUGUGGAUAGCAACUUCUUGCAGCAGCAUAAAAAGGAGGUGAUGAAGCAGCAGGAUGUCAUUUAUGAGCUGAUCCAGACAGAGCUACACCACGUGCGGACCCUGAAGAUCAUGACCCGCCUCUUCCGCACGGGGAUGCUGGAAGAGCUACAGCUGGAGCCGGGAGUGGUCCAGGGCCUGUUCCCCUGCGUGGACGAACUCAGUGACAUCCAUACACGCUUCCUCAGCCAGAUGUUAGAACGCCGACGCCAGGCCCUGUGCCCUGGCAGCACCCGGAACUUCGUCAUCCAUCGCUUGGGUGACCUGCUCAUCAGCCAGUUCUCAGGUCCCAGCGCAGAGCAGAUGCGGAAGACCUACUCGGAGUUCUGUAGCCGCCACACCAAGGCCUUAAAGCUCUACAAGGAGCUAUAUGCCCGAGACAAACGCUUUCAGCAGUUCAUCCGGAAAGUGACCCGCUCGGCCGUGCUGAAGCGGCAUGGUGUACAGGAGUGCAUCCUACUGGUGACUCAGCGCAUCACCAAGUACCCAGUGCUCAUCAACCGGAUCCUGCAGCAUUCCCACGGGAUCGAGGAGGAGCGCCAGGACCUGACGACGGCACUGGGGCUGGUGAAGGAGCUGCUGUCCAACGUAGACCAGGAUGUGCACGAGCUGGAGAAAGGGGCCCGCCUGCAGGAGAUCUACAACCGUAUGGACCCUCGGGCCCAGACCCCGGUGCCUGGCAAGGGCCCUUUUGGCCGAGAGGAGCUUCUGCGGCGCAAGCUCAUCCACGAUGGUUGCCUGCUCUGGAAGACAGCUACUGGGCGCUUCAAAGAUGUGCUCAUGCUGCUGAUGACAGAUGUGCUGGUAUUCCUCCAGGAGAAGGACCAGAAGUACAUCUUUCUUGCCCUGGACAAGCCCUCGGUGGUGUCACUGCAGAAUCUAAUCGUGCGGGACAUCGCCAACCAGGAGAAAGGGAUGUUUCUGAUCAGCGCGGCACCCCCUGAGAUGUAUGAGGUCCACACGGCAUCCCGGGAUGACCGGAGCACCUGGAUCCGCGUCAUUCAGCAGAGCGUGCGAGUAUGCCCAUCCAGGGAGGACUUCCCCCUGAUUGAGACAGAGGAUGAGGCUUACCUGCGGCGUAUCAAGAUGGAGCUGCAGCAGAAAGACCGGGCACUGGUGGAGCUGCUGCAGGAGAAGGUUGGGCUGUUUGCCGAGAUGACCCACUUCCAGGUGGAAGAGGAUGGCGGCAGCGGGAUGCCCCUGCCCACCCUGCCCAGGGGGCUUUUCCGCUCUGAGUCCCUCGAGUCCCCUCGUGGCGAGCGGCUGCUGCAGGAUGCCAUCCGUGAGGUGGAGGGCCUGAAAGACCUGCUGGUGGGGCCUGGAGUGGAGCUGCUCUUGACACCCCGGGAACCAGCCCUGUCCGUGGAACCGGACAGCGGUGGUAACACGAGUCCUGGAGUCACUGCCAAUGGUGAGGCCAGAACCUUCAAUGGCUCCAUUGAGCUCUGCAGAGCUGACUCAGACUCCAGCCAGAAGGAUCGAAAUGGAAAUCAGCUGAGAUCUCCCCAGGAGGAAGCGUUGCAGCGAUUGGUCAAUCUCUAUGGACUUCUACAUGGCCUACAGGCGGCUGUGGCCCAGCAGGACACUUUGAUGGAAGCCCGGUUCCCUGAGGGCCCCGAGCGGCGGGAGAAGCUGACCCGAGCCAACUCCCGGGAUGGGGAGGCUGGCAGAGCCGGGGCUGUCCCUGUGGCUCCUGAAAAGCAGGCUACGGAACUGGCAUUGCUGCAGCGGCAACACACGCUGCUGCAAGAGGAGCUACGGCGCUGCCGACGCCUCGGCGAAGAGCGGGCGACGGAGGCUGGCAGCCUGGAAGCCCGGCUCCGAGAGAGCGAGCAGGCCCGCGCCCUGCUGGAGCGGGAGGCCGAAGAGGCUCGCAGGCAGCUGGCCGCCUUGGGCCACACGGAACCACUCCCAGCUGAGGCCCCCUGGGCCCGGCGGCCUCUGGAUCCGAGGCGGCGUAGCCUCCCUGCAGGCGAUGCCCUGUACUUGAGUUUCACCCCCCCACAGCCCAGCCGAGGCCAUGACCGCCUGGAUUUGCCUGUGACUAUUCGCUCUGUCCAUCGACCCUUUGAGGAUCGAGAGAGGCAGGAGCUGGGCAGCCCCGAUGAGCGGCUACAAGAUAGCAGUGACCCCGACACCGGCAGCGAGGAGGAAGGUAGCAGCCGUCUGUCUCCGCCCCAUAGUCCACGAGACUUCACCCGAAUGCAGGACAUCCCGGAAGAGACUGAGAGCCGCGACGGGGAGCCUGUAGCUUCAGAGAGCUAAGGGGGCCCCUCCCCCCACCCCGUGUCCCCCUGAAGAACAUUACUGAGGGAGGCAAACCUGGGGACUCCAAUCUGCCAAUGACGAGGGAACUUUUGAAAGAACUGCUGAUUGUCCUUGCCAGCUCUUGGGAUCCUUGGACACGGGGGGCCAUUUAGGAAGCUGGGGGUAUUAGGCCACAGUGCCCCCUGGUGGCAUCCAGAAGCUACACUGCAGAUGCCAAUUUUUCAUGCCUUCUUCCCUCUACUUUAGGAAAAUUUAUUUAUUUAUUGUUUAUUAGUUAUGGAGGGAGAGGGGAGAUUUAGAGGACCAGGGACAUGGGAACCAAGCCAUAGGGAUCAGGGGGCCUUGUCCUUUAACACUACUGGGGUUUAUUCAGGCUUAACUGUGCAGCUGCUGGGUUCUAGCCCUGACACCCCUCCUGAGCAACACCCAUCUUUGAGGAGAGGCUGCAGCCAUAAGACCCUACUGCCCCUUCAGGAAGGGCUGUGGUCAGGGCCAUGUCCCUCUCCCCUUCCCCUCAACCUCUUACUGCUGUUCCCCCUUCUCUCUGUCUUCUAUGGAAACCCCAGGGAGAUAACCUGGCUUCCUAGAGUUGAUGGAAUACAGGUUGAGGUGGCCGUAAUGGUUUGUUGGGGGGGUGAGGGGAAAAACUCACAGGGACCAGAAUGUUUUUUUGUUGUUGUUGUUUUCUUUUUUGUACCAAAGCCAACUGCACGUGUUUUAUAUUUUUAAGAGAAGAUUGUAGGCAAUUAGAAAUCGCAGCCCUCUAUCUCUACAUCUCGGAAGAACUUGAGGGAUGGGGGGAACAAUGACUUCUCCACUCAUCUAUAGUACUGGGGGACCCAUUUUGAUCUCUUCCCCAGCCAUUUGGAAAAACAGUUCUUGGGUGAGUUGGGAAAUCUACAAACCCUGACCUCAUCCCCCACCUCAGCAACCAUGACCUGAAACCUCUGCGUGAAUUUGGGGGAUUUUUCAAUGGACCUCCCCCCACCCCACCCCAGUGCCUGCCAGCCCCAGCCAGUUUUCUGCAAAUUUGAUUGUUUAAAAAAAAAAAAAAAAAAAAAAAAAGAUAAAACGGGGAAAAUUAAAGUCCUGGAACCCCAGGAAGUACUGUCUGUUAAUGUCUGCCAGUUCUGAGGGUGCUGGUGAGGGGGAGAGCCAGGCGAUGACGUGUGUUCCUCCAAAAGGAGCCUCUUCCUCUCCCAGGAAGGGUGACUGCCUCCCUGAAGACAGGGGGCGCUAACAAAAGAAACUGCUGCCAAUCUUUUUUUGUUGUCAUCUUUGACGCUCACAAAUACAAGGAUAAUGAAGGGGCACUUAGGUUCCAGUGGCUGUUGGAGGUUCCAACAUUAAAAAACUUGUUUUCAUCUCAUUUGCAUGCCAUGCUCAGGAAUUGCAUCAGCCUCUUGCCCCCUUCCCUCCCUUUCAGCACAGUUCCUGUUAGCCUCUCCCCAGAGUCAUUCAUUUUCAGGUUCAGCCCUCACUCUGCCCUUGUUCUUCGCAGUGCCAGAGCCCUGGUUUAACCUUUUUAAGACGGUUCCCCUCCUAGGAGCUGCUCAUUUGCUCUUUGCCAUUUUGAGAGGCAGUGAGAGAUUAAGUAGGUUUCAGUUCUUGUUUUUCAUUAAUUUUUUGCUUCCUGUUUCUGGUUAAUACCCUGCUCUGGGGCUGUAGGGGGAGGGGUGAGAGAGUCUAGAGUUGUAUAAAUGUUGGCAUAGUGCACAGACCUCUGUUGGAGCCCAUGGAGUAAGAUGGGAAGGAUGGGGCCCAUGACCUCAGCUAGAAAGAGGAAUUGAAAUCACCUGGGGUGGGGGGCAGGCCUGGGGGCACAGCCAGCACCCUCCACUCCUGUAAUUCUCAUCCGUCAGCAUCUGGCCUUGACAAGGUGCUUUCUCAUCCAUAACGGAAUCUGUGAGGUAGGAAUUGUUCUCAUUUCACAGACAGGGAAACCUGGGUGCAGAGGGUUGCCAGCCCAGCAGAGGAGCCAGGAAAGGGCCAGCCCUCCUAGCUGCAGUUCUCCACUUCCCCUCCUAGGCUGCUCUGCCGAAAAACACCAGAGCUCCAAAGUUUCCAACACGAUGGCCCAUGGCUCAGCUGUGUGCCACGUCAGCGGGAAGCAGCUGGGACCCAAAGUUGUAAAGGCAGAGCAGUGGGAUGUUAGCAUCCAAAGACCACCAGGAAAGGGAAUGCAGGCUCCUCCAGCGUUCUUACAGAUCCAGUGAAGGAUGCUGGUCAGGAGUGUAACGGAUACCUGGGGACGCAGAGCCCAGAGCGUGGGUUCCGAGAAGCCCACAGCUCACAGGAGAGCUGCUCUGUCCCUCCUGCCGCCCCUGGACUGAAACUCCCUCUUCAUCCUUGAUCCCAAAACAAGACACACAUUUCUCUGACAUGGUAGUUCCUCUGAGAUUAGUCCCUCUCUCACGUCUUUCCCAUUCUGUCCGUUGUCCCCUCUCUAUUCCCAUUUUUGGAAACUCAGUCUUACUCUCUGUCUGCCCUGUUGGCAGUUUCACAGCGCUCUGGCUUGAGCUCCAGGGAGCCAGGGCCCAGCUUCUUGCCACAGCAAUGCCUCCUUUCCAUUGCACCCUCCCCUCCCUCUCCCAUCCCAAAGGGUGGGUCUGCAUGCAUUCAUUCACCUCUGACUUGGACCUGUUUAAACUUUGUCAAUAUUUACCUCCGGGUCCCAUAAAGCCCAUAAAGCAGCGAUGCCCCCAGAGGAGCCAAUAUCCGGAGCCCCAGCAGGGCCAUCAGAGGAGCUGCAGGGGGUGGGAAGAGGGGCACUUGAGUGGUGGAGGAUCUUCCAUCCUGAAUUGGCUGGGAAUAGAUGUGGAUUUUGGAACCGUUUAAACAUUAUCAAAGAAAGAAAAUUAAACAUCAAGAGGCUAAUUAAA